UAUCAAGCUCAUAAGAAAUUAUAUAUCCUUCCUAUAGCAAUGAGUCUGAUAGUGGAAAAGAUGGAUGCAAUAGUGGAAAGGAGGAAGUUGGUGAAGGGGAAGGUGGUGUUGAUCCGAAAGAGUGUGGUUCAAACCAUGAGCACUGUGAACGGUCUCUUUGCCACUGGCAAAAACAUCAUUCACUCAUCACUCCAAUUUGAUAUCACUAAAUCUGUGUCUUUCAAGUUGAUUAGUCGUACCAAGUCAUACAAUCUACUAAAUGUGGCUGGGAAAGUUGGAAAGGAAACCUAUCUGGAAAACAAUGUUUCUGUGUUACGAACCUUGGGAGAGAGACCGGAGGAAUUUGAUAUCUAUUUUGAAUGGGAUGAUAAAGAUAUGGGUAUUCCAGGAGCAUUUUACGUAAAAAACCUAAUGGAUGACGAGUUCCUCCUUGUUAGUGUGACUCUUGAAUAUCCACCUCAAACAAGUGUGACUCAUGAGCACAACCAGAAAAAUAUUCACGACCAGAACCAUAUUCUCGACCAGAACCUUAUCCUCGACCAGAACCUUAUCCUCGACCAUAUUCACGACCAGAAACAUAUUCACUUUGACUGUAACUCCUGGGUUCACAACCAUAAGUGUUACAAAACGGAUCGCAUUUUCUUUGCGAACAUUCCAUAUCUUCCUGGUAAGUCACCAGUGCAAUUACGAGUGUACAGAGAAGAAGAGUUGAAGAAUUUAAGAGGAGAUGGAACUGGAAAGCGUGAAAAAUGGGACAGGAUUUAUGAUUAUGAUGUCUAUAAUGAUCUGGGCUUUCUUGACAGCGAUGCACAACAAGACCAUCCAAUUCUUGGAGGCCUCAAAUAUCCCUACCCUCGUAGGGUUAGGACUGGGAGAAACCUCAUCCACAAUAAAAAAAAUGAUGGUAGCUACGAGGAACCAGGCGAGAGUUAUUAUGUGCCAAGAGAUGAAAAUUUCAGUCAGGAGAAGGUUAAGGAAUUCCUUCAAUUAGGAACGAAAACUAUAGCUGGAAGAAUCGAACCCUUGCUCCUUUCUUUAUAUUUGAAGAACACAUCAAAUGAAUUUAAUGGCAUCGAAGAACUGCAGAAAAUGUAUGAAGGUGGAGUUGAUCUGCCUCUAUCUAUCACUGCCAACGGUACUCCGAGUGUCAUUGCCUUCCCACCACCCCAUCUAAUUAAAGAAAGCAAGUUUGCAUGGAUGACCGAUGAAGAGUUUGCAAGAGAGAUGAUUGCCGGUGUAAACCCUGCUGUAAUUCGCCUUCUUAAAAAGGAGGAGCUCGCAUGGCCAAGGAAGAUAGUUUGCAGUUGUAUCCAACCCAGUACAGUGACAAAAGAAACGUUGGAGAUUAACAUGGAUGGGGUUAAAUUAGAUGAGGCAUUUGCUGAUAGGAGAUUGUUUAUAUUGGAUUACUCUGACGUAUUCAUGCCGUAUCUGUCGAAGAUAAACAACCUUCCUUAUGCAAAGGCUUAUGCCACCAGGACAUUCUUGUUCUUGAAAGAUGAUGGGACAUUGAAACCCCUUGCGAUUCAAUUAAGCAAGCCACUUCGAUGUGGAUGUGGUUCUUCGAAUACCGAGAGCACAGUGGUGCUGCCUGCAGACAAGGGUGUAGAAAGUACAAUUUGGCAAUUGGCCAAAGCUCAUGUUACUGUAAAUGACACCAACUAUCAUCAGCUCAUAAGCCACUGGUUAAAUACUCAUGCAGUGAUUGAGCCAUUUGCAAUAGCAACACACAGGAAUCUCAGUGUACUUCACCCCAUUUAUAAACUCCUGCAUCCUCACUUCCGUGACACCAUAAAUAUCAAUUCACUUGCUAGGAAAUCCCUAAUUAAUGCGGGUAGCAUUAUAGAGCAAACUUUUUUGGCAGGGCCCUAUUCAAUGGAGAUGUCUUCUGCUGUAUACAAGAAUUGGGUUUUCACUGACCAAGCUUUACCAAAGGAUCUCAUCAAAAGAGGAUUGGCGGUUGAGGAUAUCACUGCACCUCAUGGCCUUAGCCUGGCGAUAGAGGAUUAUCCUUAUGCUGUUGAUGGACUAGAAAUAUGGAGUGCUACUAAGAAGUGGGUGCAAGGGUAUGUUUCUCUGUACUAUUCAGAAGAGGGGGCAGUUGAAGGAGAUAGGGAAUUGCAAGCAUGGUGGAAGGAAGUUGUGGAGAAGGGUCACGGUGACUUAAAAGGACAAUGGCCUAAAAUGCAGAGUCCUAAAGAUGUGGUUGAAACUUGCACUACCAUUAUAUGGAUUGCUUCAGCUCUUCAUGCCGCUGUUAAUUUUGGACAGUAUCCUUAUGGAGGUUAUAUCAUGAACCGUCCUACGCAAAGCCGAAGAUGGAUCCCAAAACCAGGAACUCAAGAGUAUGAAGAGAUGACCAACAAUCCUCAUGAAGCUUUUCUGAAAACAAUUACUCCAAAGUACCAGACUGUUAUGGAUCUUACAGUGAUGGAGUUACUAUCAACGCAUGCUUCAGACGAGGUGUAUCUUGGACAAAGGAACAGUCUGAAUUGGACCGCUGAUCAACAUGCAAAACAAUUGUUCGCAGAAUUUACAGAAAACCUAGGAAAAAUUGAGAAAGAAAUCUCGGACAGGAACAACAACCAAGAACUUAGAAACCGAACUGGACCUAUCAAAUUGCCUUACACUCUGCUCCUUCCUACCAGUGAACCAGGGAUGACUUUCAGAGGAAUCCCUAACAGUGUUUCGAUCUAAACAAUGGUGGUUUCCUUUUGUGUUGUGCUUUUACCUUUCAAUAAGAGAUGCAUGCUACAUGCAUGCCUCUCUGUGUGUGUGCUUUUACCUUUCAAUAACAGAUGCAUGUCAUGCAUGCCUCUUGUCUGUGUUCUUGUUUAAGUCGCAUUUGUUUUCUUGCAGCUUUUGUACCCUAAUAAACAGGUUUCCUUUUAUCACUGGAAACCUUGUAAUUUGGCCUUUGAGUUGUAUUAUUCAAGAGUUAUUAUCAUGGAUAUCAUAUUUUUACAUUUUAUGUAA